UUAAAAGUUUGAAGUUAUAAUUGAUUCAUUUGGUGGUGUUGAAAUCGAACCAGAGGGGGAAUUGAGAGAGAGCCGCCAAAAUCAUCGAAAGGAAGAAGAAACUAGUUUUAAGCUGGAUUAACGGUAGAUCAACUGCAUCCAAAUGAAGACCCACAAACCGAUUUCUCCCUUCCGGCUGUGUUCGCUCCUCCGGCUCCAAAAGGACCCAAAAAUCGCUUUUCAGCACUUCCAGAGCCCUAAUCCCAGCGCUGCGAAACCCCCAAAACCCUUCCGAUACUCCCUCCUUUCUUACGAUCUCAUCAUCUCCAAGCUCGGGCGUGCCAAAUUGUUCGAUGAAAUGGAACAAGUCCUCCUCCAGCUUAAGCAAGAGACUCGUUUUGCCCCGAGUGAAAUCAUUUUCUGUAAUGUCAUUUCGUUCUAUGGCCGAGCCCGCCUCCCCGACCGUGCCUUCCAAGUGUUCGAACGAAUUCCGUCCUUCGGCUGCAACCGGACGGUGAAAUCCGCGAAUUCGUUGUUGGAUGCGUUGUUGAAGUGCAGGGAGUUUGAGAAAAUGGCGGAAGUUUUUGUGGGAAUUGGAAGUUAUGGAUCCCCAGAUGCCUGUACUUUUAACAUUUUGAUUCAUGCUGCCUAUUUAUGUGGGAAUUCGGAUGAUGCAUGGGAGGUGUUCGAUGAAAUGCGAAAGAGAGGUAUUCACCCUAAUGUGGUCACUUUUGGAACUUUGAUUUAUGGCCUUUCUCUGAAUUCUAAGUUGAAAGAAGCAUUGAAAUUGAAAGAAGAUAUGGUUAGAGUGUGUGGGAUUUUGCCUAAUGCGUCUAUAUACGCUACUUUGAUUAAAGGGUUCUGUGGGAUUGGUGAAUUGAUUUUGGCUUUCGAACUAAAGGAAGAGAUGGUGACAAGCAAGGUCAAAAUGGACUCAGCGAUUUAUUCUACUUUAAUUAGCGCGCUCUUUAAACAUGGAAGAAAAGAAGAAGUUUGUGACAUUUUAGGAGAGAUGAGAGAGAAUGGGUGCAAACCCGAUACGGUAACCUACAAUGCCAUGAUCAGUGGGCACUGUAAAGAAAACGAUCUCGAAUCUGCGUUUAGAGUUUUGGAUGAGAUGGUGGAGAAAGGGUGUAAGCCAGAUGUGAUUAGUUUCAAUUCUAUCAUCGGAGAGUUAUGCAAAAAGGGGAAAUGGAAUGAAGCUAUUGACUUACUUGAAGACAUGCCUAGACGUGGGUGCUCUCCUGAUGUGGUAUCAUACAGGACACUUUUUGAUGGGCUUUGUGAAACGAUGCAGUUACAGAAAGCAACUUCCAUACUGGACGAGAUGAUCUUCAAGGGUUAUGUGCCUCGUUCUGAAAGCAUAAACAAACUCGUCGACGGGUUAUGCCAGGAAUGCGAUGUGGAGCUGUUGUGGAUGGUUUUAGACAGUCUAGGAAGAGGAAAUGCCAUGAAUAUGGACACAUGGGCUAGAGUUAUUGCUUUGGUUUGCAAGGAAAAUAUGUCGGAAGCCUCCAAGUUAGUUGAUUCAUUGGUUAGUUAACGAGUUUGCAGCUUUGUCAAGGGGACAAUCUUAUGAUAUCUAUGUUUAAAUUCUUGCUAGUCUUAUACAACAGUUCAGACCUCUUGUCCUUUCUAGGAUAAGAAACUCAACUUUCAUUUCCCAUCUCAAAGGCAAUGUCGAUUUACAACAUACUCAUGAAGUUAGUUUGGAUCGGGUUAGAACUAGAGAGUGAUGAUCCCCUACCCGCACCUAGUUCUCUCAUC